AGUCUCAUCAAAUAAAUCAAAUCCCGAAGAGCCUGUGUGAUUCACAGCUGAUAUCGGAACAAUGGUGUUCUCUUCAAUGUAUACAACCGAGAUGGUGGCCAUCACCUACUGCUUUGGUCGCUUGGGAAAUCUAUAAUAACCCUUAAGAAACAUAUUUCUCUUUCUUUUCAGAGGUCUUUUCUACUCACAUCAUUCAUCUCAGUUAACAUUGAUCUACUGUUUCAUCAUGGGUUCUACAUCCGUCUCCUGGGAGGUUACCUCAUUCGAAGUCCAGGCCACUACACCCAACGCCACGAGUGAUGCGCUCUACGCCAAUGGCAACAUGCAGAUUCCUGUGAUUGUUGCUAUCAGCGUGAUUGAUCCAGACACAAACACUGCCUAUGAGCUGAAUGAUUCCGAGCUCGAGACAAUCAAACUCAUCGACUAUGACGACCUUCCCACGGAAAUAUCAGGAUCGUGGAGCUAUUCAGUCACAGAAAACGAAUUCGAACAUGGGUUGCCAUCUACUAAAAAGACCGUCCAGCCUGACCUAUCUCUUGCGGCUGGGGGUCUUCAGAAAAAGCGUUACUGGGUUACGACGACGAAGGUCGAAAACAAGAGAAUCGGCGCUAGCAUCAAACAGUCCGAUGGUACGAUUGUCCAUACCGGGGGUGGAACCUUUGAUUCCAAAAUCACUCUCGUGGGUACGAACCCAGUUACAUACAAGGUGGACGAUCUCAACUUUGAGCAGCAGGAGGAAAAUAUAACGCAAGAUUGGCCAGACGAGAGCGGCAGAUGGACACAACGGAACUUUUAUCUGACCACCACGAAGUACGAACUCCGAAAAGCAGACUUCCAAGGCUAUAGUCUGGGCACAGAUGACCCCGCCUUAGAUCAUGCAACCGCUUGGUUCAACACUGCUGGGUACUUCCAUAUCUUCUACUAUUGGCCGAUGGGAUUAGAAGAAACGCGAACAGUGGGGUUUGGUUCUUAUACGGCUGAGGUCACCAUAAAUCAGAAAAGCAACGCCCUGUGUGUCACCAAUAUGCUUCUCUCGCCUAGUGCAACUUGGCCGGCCUCUACGAUUUGGGAGGGUCGAUUUACGUUCUAUGAUAAAUUUGGAAACCCUGGCACUUUUUGGUUAGGCUAUGACGGCUAUCUCCUCACCCCAGAAAUCUUGGAACACAGAUAUACCAUAGAAGACUGAUUUCUACUUCAGUAUCGUUACACUUUUGAGAGAAUUCAUGUGUCCCUACCGUAGGAAAAGAGGGUUUCAGAAAAGCUGAAAUAUAAUCGAUACCCGUGGCCAAACACCUGGUAAUGUGGUAUAUCAUAUUAAACAAACCUUGACACUCGAUACAUAUGACUAGAGAGGCUUUCUAAACAUGGAUGGGGA